CCACCCGGCCAGGAGCGCAGCCGCCGCCGCCGCCGCCGCGUCCUCUCAGCCUUGCGCUCCGCCCGCUGCUUCUGCCGCCGCAGCCCAGCCCGGGAGCGCAGAGCCGGGGGCACCGGCCCCGCAGCCUGCCCACUCUUCGGGCCGCGUGCCGGCUACAGCGGCAUGGGGGGCUGCUGAGAGCCGGCACUCCUUCCCUCUGGCACCUCCCCCGGCUACUGGCCACUGGACUCUGGCCAGCGAGGCUCGGCACCUCUGGCCCCUAGUCCGGCGCCUAGCACGGCCCUCUACUCUGCUCCUCCAGCUCUGAGCAUCGUGUCCCCGCGCCCCCCCCGCCCGCGCCAGGGACACCUGGGUCCCCCGGCGGCCCCUAGGAGAGGGGCGGGGGGGGGCAUGAAGCCGCUGGAGAAAUUUCUGAAGAAGCAGACGUCGCAGCUGGCUGGCCGAACGGUGGCGGGAGGUCCCGGCGGGGGUCCGGGGAGCUGCGGCGGGCCUGGAGGGGGUGGGGGACCUGGCGGGGGCGGCGGUCCAGCCGGGGGACCGCGGUCGCUGCAGCGGCGUCAGAGCGUGUCUCGCCUUCUGCUCCCCGCUUUCCUCCGGGAGCCUCCCGCCGACCCGCGCCUAGAGCCGCCCCCUGAGGAGGAAGGGGGAGAGCCGGCGGGGGUCGCGGAGGAGCCGGGCAGCGGGGGGCCUUGCUGGCUGCAGCUGGAGGAGGUGCAGGGGCCGGGACCGCUCGGGGGAGGGGGGCCCCUGCGCUCCCCUUCCUCCUACUCCUCUGACGAGCUGUCCCCGGGUGAGCCCUUGACUUCGCCGCCCUGGAACCCCCUGGGCGCCCCCGAGCGGCCGGAGCAUCUUCUGAACCGGGUUCUGGAGCGACUGGCUGGAGGGACCACCAGGGACAGCGCCGCCUCAGAUAUCCUGCUGGAUGACAUUGUCCUUACGCAUUCUCUCUUCCUCCCGACGGAGAAAUUUCUGCAGGAGCUACACCAGUACUUUGUUCGCGCAGGGGGCAUGGAGGGCCCUGAGGGGCUGGGCCAGAAGCAGGCCUGUCUAGCCAUGCUUCUCCAUUUCUUGGACACCUACCAGGGACUGCUUCAAGAGGAAGAGGGGGCCGGCCACAUCAUCAAGGAUCUAUACCUGCUAAUUAUGAAGGAUGAGUCCCUUUACCAGGGCCUCAGAGAGGACACUCUGAGGCUGCACCAGCUGGUGGAGACGGUGGAACUAAAAGAGAUCUUCAAUCCUCCUGUUCCAAAGGCAUCCCUGCUCCCCAUGCUUCUAAGAGAAAGUGAAACAUCCCAGCAUUCAACACCCUUCCCUUUCUGCCUUCUGCUGUUCCUUCCCGUCUUACCUACCACAUCCUGUUCUGACACUGCAACUCCUGCACUCUCCAACUUCCCACGGAUUCCAGAGGAGAGCCAGCCACCUAGCAAGCAGGUGAAGCCACUCUUCCGCCACUUCCGCCGGAUAGACUCCUGUCUGCAGACCAGGGUGGCCUUUCGGGGCUCUGAUGAGAUCUUCUGCCGGGUAUACAUGCCUGACCACUCUUACGUGACCAUACGCAGUCGCCUUUCAGCAUCUGUGCAGGACAUUCUGGGCUCUGUGACGGAGAAACUUCAGUACUCAGAAGAGCCUGCGGGGCGUGAGGACUCCCUUAUCCUGGUAGCUGUGGCCUCCUCAGGAGAGAAGGUCCUUCUCCAGCCCACUGAGGACUGUGUUUUUACCACACUGGGCAUCAACAGCCACCUGUUUGCCUGCACCCGGGACAGCUAUGAGGCUCUGGUGCCCCUCCCUGAGGAGAUCCAGGUCUCCCCGGGAGACACAGAGAUCCACCGAGUGGAGCCUGAGGACGUUGCCAACCACCUUACUGCCUUCCACUGGGAGCUGUUCCGAUGUGUGCACGAGCUGGAGUUCGUGGACUACGUGUUCCACGGGGAGCGCGGCCGCCGGGAGACGGCCAAUCUGGAGCUACUGCUGCAGCGCUGCAGCGAGGUCACGCACUGGGUGGCCACCGAGGUGCUGCUCUGCGAAGCCCCGGGCAAGCGCGCGCAGCUGCUCAAGAAGUUCAUCAAGAUCGCCGCCCUCUGCAAGCAGAAUCAGGACCUGCUGUCCUUCUACGCCGUGGUCAUGGGGCUGGACAACGCCGCCGUCAGCCGCCUUCGUCUCACCUGGGAGAAGCUGCCAGGGAAAUUCAAGAAUUUGUUCCGCAAAUUUGAGAACCUCACGGACCCCUGCAGGAACCACAAAAGCUACCGAGAAGUGAUCUCCAAAAUGAAGCCCCCUGUGAUUCCUUUCAUGCCUCUGAUCCUCAAAGAUCUGACUUUCCUGCACGAAGGGAGUAAGACCCUUGUAGAUGGUUUGGUGAACAUUGAGAAGCUGCAUUCAGUGGCCGAAAAAGUGAGGACAAUCCGCAAAUACCGGAGCCGGCCCCUUUGCCUGGACAUGGAGGCAUCCCCCCAUCACCUGCAGACCAAGGCCUAUGUGCGCCAGUUCCAGGUCAUCGACAACCAGAACCUCCUCUUCGAGCUCUCCUACAAGCUGGAGGCAAAUAGUCAGUGAGAGUGGAGGUUCUAGUCAGACCCACCAGAUCCUUGGGCACCUGGCACUCAAGCACUUUGCACAAUGUCUCAACCGACAGCUGACAUCUUUCCUGAGGAACAACAUCCUGCCCACCCACCCCUGCUCCACAGGAAAGAGUUGGAUGGAUUUACCCUUGGACCCAUAAGUUUGUUCAUCCUGCUGGAGCCCUCUCCCCAUUGCUCCUUCAAGCCAAAACCACACUUUGCUGGUUCCUGUCCCUUCUGAGAAAGGGGUCAGAAAACUCCUUCCUCUGUCCGCUCCCAUCAAGAUCUGUUCUGGGGAUGGAGUUUCCAAUUUCCUCUUCCCAAGAAGGAAAGAAAGCUGCCGACCCUUCUGUCUUGCCAAGUGGGAUGGUGGGAGGGAUUGGCAGCCUUCUUCUCCACCACCUGUCCAGCUUCUUCCUGGUCAGGGCUGAGACCCCCAGGAAUAUUAUGUUGCCGUGUGUGUGUGUGUGUGUGUGUGUGUGUGUGUGUGUGUGUCUCUCUCUCUCUCUCUCUCUCUCUCUCUCUCUCUCUCCCCCCUUUUAGGGAGCAUGAGUCCAUCUGGUAAUUGAGGGAGGGUGUUGUGUGUGCCGGGGAGGGGUCCUUCUGUUUGGUGCUACCCUUGUCUACUCUGCCCCUGGGAUGGUGCAGGGUGCUUUCUCCGCCCCUACACUCCCUGCUCAGCUCCUCGUGCUGCCCUGCCUGCCCAGGCUUGUGAGCCAAGCUGCUUUUCAGGGCAGGGAGUAGCAGCAGGUGGGAGGGGUUACCCAUCAGCCCUUGCAAGUCCCCCACUUAGGCCUCCGGAAGGUCCAGGGGUGGGCUCUGAUGAGAGGGUAAAAGAUGCUCAGGGAAAUACAGGCCUCAGCUGCAUAGAGAACCCUUCCCCUGCCUUGCAGUGUGGUGGGGUAGAGCAGUAUCAGGAGCUAGGGGUGUCUGCUGCACAUACUCCUGCUUUUUGGGUGUCUAACCACUAAGGAGGGAGUUGGCCUCCCCCUUCUGGCUCAUGUGUCUGACACCAACAACGUGGUCUCUGUCCCUCUCCCUGUCUCAACUCCUCCUUUGUCCUCCCCAUAGAGCUGGGGUAGGGUGGAUCCCUAUAAUGGGGCAGGCAGCCCCAUAGUGGGGGAGGGGGAUGGCAGAGACUGUAAAGGCGUCACCGGACUCUGGUGAGGCCUUUAUUACCUCUGCCCCCCUCCCUCUCCCAUCACCAGCCUCAAGGCCUGAGGAGUGCAGGGGCUCCUGGCAGCUGCAGGGUGAGGUUUCCAGGCGCAGCCUCACCCUUCUUUCUGGCACCACCUCUUUCCCUUUUGAAGAGGAAGCAGCAGCAGCAAAAGCAGCUACUGCUCCUGCUAUGAGGGUGUAUAUAUUUUUUACCCAAAGCUCUGGAAUUGUACAUUUAUUUUUUAAAACUCAAAGAGGGAAAGAGCCUUGUAUCAUAUGUGAACAUUGUAUCAUAGGUAAUGUUGUACAGACCCUUUUAUACAGCGAUCUGUCUUGUUCUUGUGGCAAAAAUCCUCUAUGGACAUAUGCAGGCACUGUGUCCCACGCCCUCCUGCCCUCUCGGUGUCCACGGUGUCCAUGGCACCCUCCUGCUCCCUGCCUCCUCCCUGCUGCUGCUGAUGUGCUCUCCUCUCCCUGCAGCCCCAGGCUUCCAGCCUUCUUCCCGACUCCUUCCAGCAGCCUUUGAACUCCAGCUACCGCCACCGUCUGGGUGGAACACUGGGACCCACUGGCCCAGUCUUGGCUGCUGCCCACCCUUAGCCUUGACGUCUGCCCAGGGACUCCCAGAACCCUCCCCUUGCCCUGCAGCUUUAACAGAGUGAACCACAUGUAUUGUACAGGUUCGGUUGUCAUUGCAGAAACCGCUGGGUGGGGAAAAAUCCAGUAAAGUCUAUGAAUCAA